CCCGGAAGUGCUUAUGCUGCUGUGAUGCUGGAUCCCUUGCUAAUAUCGAGGCUUUUCUCUUUUCAACAGGGAGACUAAGCAAACGUUUUUUUUUUCGUUUUGUCCUUUUCGAAGCGACUUGAGGACCCCGGGAGUUUGACUGCGAGCUGCUUGCUUCUGCUUCACCAUCGGCGGGCGGUCACCGGCAUGAGCAACAACAGCCAACCCCUGCGGCCGCCGGCCUCCGUCUCUGAGAUCGACCACAUCCACUUGCUGUCGGAGCAGCUGGGCGCGCUGGCACUGGGCGAAGACUACAGCGACGUCACCUUCAUCGUGGAGGGCAAACGCUUCCCGGCGCAUCGCGUCAUCCUGGCCGCCCGCUGUCACUAUUUCAGGGCGCUGUUGUACGGCGGCAUGAAGGAGUCCCAGCCCCAGGCGGAAGUGAGCCUGGAGGAGACGCGGGCGGAGGCCUUCUCCAUGCUGCUGCGCUACUUGUACACGGGCCGCGCCAGCCUCAGCUCUGCCCGCGAGGAGGUGCUGCUGGACUUCCUGGGCCUGGCCCACCGCUACGGGCUGCAGCCGCUGGAGGAUUCCACUUCAGACUUCCUGCGCACCGUCCUGCACACGGGCAACGUGUGCCUGGUCUUCGACGUGGCAAGCCUCUACUCGCUGAGCGCGCUGGGCGCCGCCUGCUGCUCCUACAUGGACAAGCACGCGCCCGACAUCCUCAACUCGGACGGCUUCUUGGCGCUUUCCAAGACGGCGCUGCUGACAGUGGUGCGGCGCGACUCCUUUGCCGCCAGCGAGCGGGAGAUCUUCCAGGCGCUGUGCCGCUGGUGCCGGCAACGCGGCGAGAGCGGUGAGACGCGGGAGGUGAUGGCGGCCGUGCGGCUGCCGCUCAUGACGCUGACGGAGAUGCUGAACGUGGUGCGGCCCUCGGGCCUCCUUAGCCCCGACCACCUGCUGGACGCCAUCAAGCUGCGCACGGAGAGCCGCAACAUGGACCUCAACUUCCGCGGCAUGCUCCUACCGGAGGAGAACAUCGCCACCAUGAAGCACGGCGCUCAGGUGACAAAGGGCGAGCUGAAGUCGGCGCUGCUGGACGGGGACACGCAAAACUACGACCUGGACCAUGGCUUCUCCAGGCACCCCAUCGAGGAGGACGGGCGGGCCGGCAUCCAGGUCAAACUGGGACAGCCGUCCAUCAUCAACCACGUGCGGCUGCUGCUGUGGGACAGAGACAGCCGCUCGUAUUCUUACUACAUCGAAGUUUCCAUGGACGAGCUGGACUGGGUUCGCGUGGUGGACCAUUCCAAGUAUUUGUGCCGCUCUUGGCAGAAUCUCUUCUUCACGCCCAGAGUGUGCAGGUACGUUCGCGUGGUGGGAACGCACAACACGGUCAACAAGGUCUUCCAUCUGGUGGCCUUCGAGUGCAUGUUCACCAACCGGACCUUCACCCUGGAGCAAGGACUGCUGGUCCCCAGCGAGAACGUGGCCACGGUGGCGGCGUGCGCCAGCGUGAUCGAGGGCGUGAGUCGCAGCCGCAACGCUUUGCUCAACGGCGACACGCGCAACUACGACUGGGACUCGGGGUACACCUGCCACCAGCUGGGCUCGGGCGCCAUCGUCAUCCAGCUGGCUCAGCCCUACUCCGUCAGCUCCUUGAGGCUUUUGCUGUGGGACUGCGACGAGCGCUCGUACAGUUACUACAUCGAGGUGUCCACCAAUCAGCAGCAGUGGAUCAAGGUGGUGGACCGCACCCGAGUCACGUGUCGGUCCUGGCAGAGCCUCAAGUUCGAUAAGCAGCCGGCCUCUUUUGUCCGGAUCGUGGGCACGCACAACACCGCCAAUGAGGUCUUCCACUGCGUCCACUUUGAGUGUCCGGCCCAGUCGGACACGGACGUGAAAGAAAGCGGCGCCGGGUCGGGCCCGGACGGUUCGGAUUCGGCCGCUGCCUCGGCGCAGCCGCCGCGACCUCAGCGGCCGUCGCGCACGCACAGUCUGCUGCCCUCCAACAUGUCUUUGGCCAAUCAGCGCUAACACUGUCGCCGCCGCCGCCGCGCCCCCUGCUGGAGGCGUUUGGGAGGACUGGCGUUUUUGCACAGCCGCCGCCGUCGUCGUCCUAACUCGUGCUGCUCUUUCAUCGCCUCCACGCACCUUUUCCAGCCUCCGGUCUUCCUGACUCGUUUGAUACGUUUUUUGUGACUUUGUAGACUCCGUCUCACCUCCGACUUCCUAACAAAUGUGAUCUAUUUUGAAGAACGCAGGCGGCUAUUUUCGCAACGCAGUUUGUACGCAAAACGGAACUUCGUCCCGCACUGACUGCAUUUGCAGAUUCAACCCGUGCCAAAAAUGUUGCACACGCUGCUAAGGAAAGCAAUAAAUGGAAUCAGGCGGUCGGGGCCCCAAGGGGCUCGCACCAAAUCAUUUGCGCCAAAACGGCCAACUUGACAAAACCCACGAGCAGCUGCUAUUGGCACUUUACCGGACUCAAGUUGCAGAAAUGAAGCUUGCAUCUUGAGUCUUUUGACUGACAAACGACUGGAGCUCCCAGAAGGUUCAAUGAAGUUGGCUGCCCGUGUUGAAAAGAGAGUGCAACGGUUACUAUUUGUUGGACUUAUUGAUAUAUUUAGCCUAUGUAAAUAUGGUUUUGUUCUGGAUCUUUUGUUCUCGACGAGGCUCACUCCAAACAAAUUCUCGUAAUGAAUCUGUUGAAUUAUUUGACGUCAUCCGAUAAAAGAAUGAUUAGAGAGUAGGCCGUAACUUGGCGAUGCCAAAAACGCACACAUUUAAUAGAUUUCGAUUCCGUUUCUAGUUUGGGCCAAGCAGCUUUUGGAAAAUGGAUGAAUUGAUCCACAAAGUUAUCCACUAAUUGCUAUUGGGUUAAUCGUUGCACAUCUUUGUCUGAUCCACUUGCCUAUUUAUGAACAACACGGAGAUUUUUUUACAAUGCAAUUUUUGAGGUUGCGUCGGUCCCAUUUGACUGUUUAGUCAUUGUAUGUGAAGAGAGGCCUUUCUUCUGCUGUAUGGGUCUGAUGGAAGCACGCUUGUUUGAUGUUUGCUUUCCUGUCACCGUUCACCACUCACCAGCGUCCGUUGAUGUUCCACAAGGACGCUCUCCAAAGCAGAUUUAUUGAAGGAGGGGGGCGUUCGUUUGUUGUCAUCCUCCUGAGUGUCAAAUAAUAUUUAUUGCAACUAA